CCAUUCAUUAUGCGGCCAACAUCAGCCCUCUCCUUUGCUUCGUCUCUCAUCACCCGCUCGUCUUCGCGCAAGGAUGCCAUUGGGUUCAUCGGACUGGGAGCAAUGGGAAAGGAGAUGGCGCGUAACCUGAUCACAAAGACGUUCAAGGAGAAUAAUGACGCUUCUUUUGUCGUGUGCGAUGCAGAUCCUAUGGCCGUCACCCGCUUCCUCACGGCAAACACCUCCCUCUAUCCCAACCGUCAAAUCAUCCCUGCCUCAAGUCCCGCCUCCGUAGCCCGUUCCUGCAGUACUAUCAUCACCAUGCUUCCUUCCUCUCCCCAAGUCGACGAGGUGUAUCUAGGGGGUGAAGAGGGUCUACUAGCAGGGAUGGUGGGCGCACGCCAGGGAGAAGAGACGCUUUUCCUCGAUUGCACUACCUGCGAUCGGCAAACGGGCGUAGAUGUAGCCAAAGUCGUGCGAGAGUCUGUUCCCGGUGGAGAAAUGGUCGAUGCUCCCGUCAGCGGUGGAGUCGCGGGGGCCGCAGCGGGUACUCUCACUUUCCUUUGUGGAGCCGAGAGUGAAGCCAUCUUCCGCCAAGCUGAGACGACACUACUUCGUAUGGGUGCUCGAGCGAUCCACUGUGGUGGUAGUGGUACAGGUCUUGUAGCCAAGAUUGCCAACAAUCUUGCAUUGGGAGUCUCCAUGCUCGCAACAGCUGAAGCAAUGGCCAUGGGAGUGUAUGGUGGUUUGAGCCCGCAGACAAUGGCCCAUGUCCUCAAUACCUCCACUGGCCGCUCUUGGAGUUCCGAGAUUAACAAUCCUGCGCCGGGAGCACUAAAAGGGACCAAGAGCAGCCCACCGGCGGAAAGAGGAUACGAUGGUGGGUUUGCUACAAGACUUAUGGCAAAAGAUCUACGCCUGGCAUUACAAGCUGCUGGACAAGUGGGACUACCUACACCUCUGGGUGUUCUCGCAAGUCGCAUCUAUGAUAAUUUGGAAAAGAGGGACGAUUAUACCAACAAGGACUUUUCAGUGGUGUUCAAGGCACUUGUAGAGUCUGCUGAAAUUAUCAAGGCGCAAAAGUUGCGCGAGGGAGGAGGGGCAGCUCCUGAGGAACCGGAUGAUCCUGUCAAGCGCUACACUGCCUAAUGAAGUAACAAGUCACACUCUGAUACCAGAGAAGAAUGGAGUUGUGAUGUUGUGAUUUGAGUUGCAAUGGUA